AUGCCGAAAAAAGGCAAAAAACAGGUCAGGUCUGGAAACAUCAAGUCGAAGAACGACUUCCACGAGAACAGUGCUCCCGCAGGAGACUUUCCAGGCUUGCCUCCGGCUUCUGGCGGUCAGAGGGGCCUUGUCAACCUUGGCAACACCUGCUACUUAAACAGCGUCCUGCAGUGUCUCAGCGUCUCCAAUCCGUUCAGGGACAGUUUGGUCUCGCUUGCAGAAGAAGGCCUGGGCGGUGUGGGCGCCUCCCUUUGCUCGGUCUUUCAUGGUCUGCAAGGGUGUGGAGGCAGCGGCAAGGCCAAGGGUGGAACUGGCGGCGCCUGUUCACCGAAGCAGCUGUUGUCACAGAUUUGCUCGAACUUCCCCUGGUACAAGGGAGGGGAACAGCAGGAUGCUCAUGAGCUCCUACGUACUUUGCUUGGCUCAGUGGCCGAUGAGCCUACGGCCACUGAAAAGAAGCAGAAAAAGGAACGAGGACCUCACACGCCAAGCACCCCCUGUGGUGAAGCAGAGAAGCUCGUGUGGCAAAGCUUUCGAGGGCGCACUUGUGCAGCCGUGCUAUGCUGGAAGUGCCAUCGCGUCUCUGUAAGGGUGGAUCCGUUUCUGGACCUAUCCUUGGAGCUGCCAAUUUCCGAGGAGCAGGCGGGCCUGUUGGGCCUUCCCUCUCGGAUUGCACAGCUAGAAGUUGGAGGCAGCUGCUCGUCUUCUUGUAGAACCACGAGCCGUGCGCAGGACGAAAUAAAGGAGGAAGCGAAAGACAGCUCCGCCUGCCCCGCGCGCUCCGCGAGCUCGGCGCCGAGCUCGAACGCCUCGAAGCUGAAGGCCCAAGGCGUGCCCUUCUUCAUGAGACCUUCAGUGGCAACUUGGUACCAGCCUUUGCGGCGGCUACCGUCAACCGUGCAGGAUUCGGAAGCUGCUGAUUCUGCAGAACCUGCAGAUGGGCUGGAAGCGGAGAGGAUGGAAGAGCCGGAGCCUUUCACUUUCAAAGUGCAUCUGCGGAAGCACAAGAAGAAGGAUCCUCGCUGGGGAUUUGGCUGGUGCAAUGACUCACUGCAGCAGAAGAGGCUGCGGGUUGCAACGGUCAAUCCGGACACAGUGUUGGAUAAGUGGAAUUUGAAAAAGAAAUCCAUGGACGAGGAGGAUUUGGUGGUUCGAGAGGGCGAUGAAAUCAUCGCUGUUGGAGGAGCCAAAACCUUCGUCAUGAUGCAACAGCUCCUGAAGGAGGAGGUGGUCGACUUAACUGUCCAGCGCCGCUUUUGUUCUGUUACGUCAGCCUGUUCUGGCAAGGUUGCCAAGACAGCAGCAGCAACGGAGAGCGACGCGGACGACCAAGAGGCGGCAGAAAUCACCGCUCGCAGCUUCCUGCAGGCUGCGCUCGACUGUCACAGCUCCAUGGUGGAGGAUUUACAGGCAGUCUUCAGCGAUCCUGUGAGCCUCAAGGUGAACGGGAGCUGUCAACUUCAGGAUUGCUUCCUGAAGUUCACCAGCUCAGAGGCUGUGGAAGAUGAUCUGAGACCGGUCUAUCAGUGCUCCGAGUGUGCCAAGGUCCAGCGAGGUUCAGACGGCAAGGAGACGAAGGCCAUGCACAAUGAUGAGGAUGGUGUAGAAGAGACUGAGAUUCUUGCAGAUGCAGAUUUCGAGGAAGAUGGAGAUGAAAUGUCAAGCGGGGAGAUUCUGAAAGAGACCGACGAGGAAGAAAUCAUUGACGUCGGUGCGCUGAAUGAGGUCCAAGAGCAAGUGUUCGAGGACGCGGAGACGUUGGGACCGUCGCGCUGA